AUGUCUGUCAAAUUCUGGGGCUGCACGUUGAAUCCUGGGGAGAGCUUUCCAAUGCAAACACCUGGCAUUCUUGAAAUUCGUCAGGCGUCAUUACCAGAAACACCAGAAAAGGGAAAAACCAUCAUCAAAGUCAAAUCAAAGGGGCAUGCAUUCACCUUGUGUACUCUGGAUAGAAAUUUGGUGGAAUGCCAAUCCCUGAGCCAUACAUUCAUCGCUGAGGACAAGGCAACCCUUGUAGUGGAAGGCGUCAAUCCUGUGCAUUUCACCGGCUCAAUGAUCGUCGACCCAGAUGCCAGCUCAAGCGAAGAAGAGGAUGACAUGGACUAUUUACCUACACAAGCCAACGAGGACCAAGACAUGGAUGAGGAUGAGGAGGACGAGGAGGACGAGGAGGAUGAAGAAAGAGAGACCAUUACAGGUCAGCCUCGUUAUGCCAAUUACCUCAGUGAUCUAUUAGGCCCUGAUUUACCUGACGAGGAUGACGAUGAUUACGAGGACAUGGACGAUGAUGACGAGGCAGACGGCUUUGGCACUAUGGCUUUCAGAGACCCUACUGACAAUGAGUUCUUGGGUGGUUUCGAGCUUCGUCAUUUCAAUCUUGCACCCAAUAUUCCUGGCUAUGAGGCAGUGAAUUUGAGACAACAAGAGAAAGAUGCUGAAGAUACUCAAUUACAUGAUAGUAUUGCAACUGGGCUGGUCAAUGCUUUAUUGAAUAGCGGUGAUGAUUUCCAAAUAGAGAAGGGUAGAGGCUUUUUAAAGCGAUUAAAGGAGCAAUUGAGAAAGAGAAAACGCACGCAAGAGCAACAAAAUGAGGAUUAA